UCAGUUGCCUUUGAUCUUCUCUCCACAGACAAACCUUCUUCUUCUGAGCGUCAACAUCAUGUCUCGUGCAACCAGCGAAUCCACCACCUACAGGGGGCGCUACAACAACCCGGUGCCGAAGUCCAACCUCACGAUUGAAGAUGAUAAUUUUCCAGAAUUUGAACCUUUCGAGGGCGUCGGCAGCUCCGAGGCCACGCCCAGAACAUCUUCUGAACCGUCUCUGUCGGUGCAGAAAGUGGACAUGUGUCAGGCCGUCAACGAACCGAAUCACUACACGUCCGCCUACGACAUGGACAACCUGCUGGUCCGGCGCGGGUGGGAGUUCGUCAUCAGGAUCACCUUCAGCCGAGUGCGCACGGAGGAGGACGACUUCCAGCUCGAGUUCCUGAUUGGCUCCAACCCCGCUGUCACUAAAAACUCCAAGGUCAUCGUGCCGUUCGGGUCCCGUGUUGGCAGCACGUGGUUGGGCCAGAUCCUGGAGACUCAGGGGGAGUCGCUGCUGGUCGGCAUCACCCCGACGCCAGACGCCAUCAUGGGGAAGUAUCGGAUUUAUGUGGCCACCAAGGUGAACGGCGGCCUCCAGAGGACCAGCAGGGACAUCAGCACCGACAUGUACCUGCUCUUCAACGCCUGGUGUCCCGAGGACACUGUGUUUGUCCCGGGUGAAAACGAGCGCAGGGAGUACGUCCUGAACGACCACGGUGUGAUCUUCCAGGGCAACGUCGGAAGUGUGUCGCAUCGUAACUGGAUGUAUGGACAGUUCGAGAAGGGCAUCCUGGACACCUGCAUUUCCAUUCUGGAUGCGUCUCUGAUGCCGAUCACUGACCGAGGCAACGUCAUCAAGGUGAUCAGGAAGGGAUCGGCCAUGGUGAACUCUCAGGACGAUCAGGGCGUGCUGGUGGGGAACUGGAGUGAAGACUUCUCCAUGGGCAUGUCCCCCACGUCCUGGACAGGAAGCACCAAGAUCCUGCAGCAGUACGCCAAGAGCGGCGUCCCCGUCUGCUUCGCUCAGUGCUGGGUGUUCGCCGGCGUCUUCAACACCUUCCUGCGCUGCCUCGGCAUCCCAGCGAGAGUCAUCACCAACUUCUCCUCCGCUCACGACAACACAGGAAACCUGAUUAUCGACCUCAUCUUCAACCCCGACGGGACGCCGGACCAAGACAGCACCACGGACUCCAUCUGGAACUACCACUGCUGGAACGAGGUGUACAUGGUGCGUCAAGACCUCCCACCUAGCCUGGGAGGAUGGCAGGUGGUGGACGCCACGCCGCAGGAGACCAGUGAUGGACAUUUCCGCUGUGGUCCGGCCUCGGUCGCUGCCAUCAAAAAAGGUCUGCUGUGUCACCCGUUCGACUGCGGGUUCGUCUUCGCUGAGGUGAACAGUGACGUCAUCUUCAAGAAGCGAGAUGAAUUCGGAGCUUUGGUUCCGUACAGGAUCGAGAAGAAUCACGUGGGUCAGGCUCUUUAUACUAAAGCUGUGGGCAGCUACGCAACCAACGACAUCACACACACCUACAAGUAUCCUCAAGACACUGCAGAGGACAAGCUGACGAUGAGUCGGGCGGAGGAGUACGGUUGUGCGAGGGAUCACUCGGAUCUGUCCGAGUCCGAGCUGUCAGUCAUCAUCAGUGUUGACCAGGCCAUGGUGGGCCAGGACCUGAAGCUGGUGAUGGAUUUCCAUAACCUGGGUGAAGUCCCCAGGAACAUCAACGCUCACCUGUCCGGGUCGGUCGUCUUCUACACCGGGAUCCAGGCCAGUCAGUUCAAGGACGAGAGCUUUGGAGUGUUGGUGCCGGCCCAGCAGACUGUGCGUGUGCCGAUGGACAUCGCGCAUCAGGAGUACAUGCCUUACAGGGGCCAUCAGCUCUCCCUCCACUUUGUUGUGACUGGUCAGGCUGACGACCAAUCAGUCAACGCCAUCAAGGUGGUCGACCUGAUGACCCCGAAAAUCAACUUGUCGGUGUCCGGUCUGCCUCAGGUGGGGCAGCAGAUGUUUGUGACCGUUUCCUUCACCAACGCCUUGAACUUCUCUCUGGUCAAACCCAACCUGAUCAUGGACGGACCCGGACUCACGGGCAUCAGAUCACGCCUGUUCAACGUCAUCGAGCCUGAGGCUUCUGUCUCCUGGACGGAGAUGUUCGUCCCUCGGUUCAGCGGCCAGCGACGCAUCUUUGCGCUGCUCGACUGCUUGAGCCUGAAUCAGGUGUGGGGACUUGCUGACAUCGUCAUCGCAGACUGAGAUGAUUGGUUCACAGAAGGGUGACCCCGCCCCUUGUCAUCUCCACCAAUCACAGCAGCUCUAGACAAGUGGGCAGAGCCAAUAACCAGCUCAAGUUAUUUUUAAUGAUUUAUUUUCUUCAUCAGACAUGUGUAAAACUAAUACAACAAAAACAAUAUAUAUCUGAUUCAUGUACGACGACUCGUUUACUUUGCUGUGUUUUAUAAUAGGAUCAAAUUAAAUUCAUUUAAAUCUGGUUUGAAUUAAAUAUGAUUUAAACUGCAGAACUAUAAGGUUUAAUAAAAUAACUAAAUGCAGCAUUUACUAACUAGACUUUAAUGAUUUCAGAGAGUGAAUUAAAUGAAAUUGGUCUUUUCUAAACUCAGUUUAAUCAUGAAGCAGCUGAAGAGUGAACAGGAGUGAGACAUGAACAGUACCAACCAGGCCGAGGCUCGGAGCGCUCACUCCAAACUCUGCUCAUGAGCAAGAUCAUCUUCAUGUCGUCUCUUCAGAGAUUCAAACUGAGUUCAUCUUCUUUCUAAUUCGCUUUGUGUCUUUAAUACCUGCUGUUAAUGUUCAACCUGUGGAAUAACAAUAAAGCUCAUUCAAAAACCA